AUGAAGAAACCAGUUACAGGAAAAGAUCUUAUGAUAGUCAAUAUGGGACCUCACCACCCAUCCAUGCACGGUGUUCUUCGCUUAAUUGUUACUCUAGACGGUGAGGAUGUUGUUGAUUGUGAACCCAUAUUGGGUUAUUUACACAGAGGGAUGGAAAAAAUUGCAGAAAACCGAGCAAUUAUACAAUAUUUACCUUAUGUAACGCGGUGGGAUUAUUUAGCUACUAUGUUUACAGAAGCAAUAACAGUAAAUGGACCCGAACAAUUAGGAAAUAUUCAAGUUCCUAAAAGAGCCAGCUAUAUCAGAGUAAUUAUGCUAGAAUUGAGUCGUAUAGCUUCUCAUCUGUUAUGGCUUGGCCCUUUUAUGGCAGAUAUUGGGGCACAGACUCCCUUUUUCUAUAUUUUCAGAGAACGAGAAUUUGUAUAUGAUCUAUUCGAAGCUGCCACCGGUAUGAGAAUGAUGCAUAAUUUUUUUCGUAUUGGAGGAAUAGCGGCGGAUUUACCUUAUGGUUGGGUAGAUAAAUGCUUGGAUUUUUGUGAUUAUUUUUUAACAGAGGUUGUUGAAUAUCAAAAACUUAUUACACGAAAUCCUAUUUUUUUAGAACGAGUUGAAGGCGUUGGGAUUAUUGGUGGGGAAGAAGCAAUAAAUUGGGGUUUAUCCGGACCAAUGUUACGCGCAUCCGGAAUACCAUGGGAUCUUCGUAAAGUUGAUCGUUAUGAGUCUUACGAUGAAUUUGAAUGGGAAAUUCAGUGGCAAAAACAAGGAGAUUCAUUAGCUCGUUAUUUAGUACGACUUAGCGAAAUGACAGAAUCCAUCAAAAUUAUUCAACAGGCUCUGGAAGGACUUCCGGGGGGUCCCUAUGAAAAUUUAGAAAGUAGAGGCUUUGAUAAAAAAAGGAAUCCAGAGUGGAAUGAUUUUGAAUAUCGAUUCAUUAGUAAAAAACCUUCCCCUACUUUUGAAUUAUCGAAACAAGAACUUUAUGUAAGAGUUGAAGCUCCAAAAGGGGAAUUGGGAAUUUUUCUAAUAGGAGAUCAAAGUGGUUUUCCUUGGAGAUGGAAAAUCCGACCACCAGGUUUUAUUAAUUUGCAAAUUCUUCCUGAACUAGUUAAAAGAAUGAAAUUGGCUGAUAUUAUGACGAUACUCGGUAGCAUAGAUAUAAUUAUGGGAGAAGUUGAUCGUUAAAAUGAUAAUUUAUGCAACAGAAGUACAAACUAUAAAUUCUUUUGUUAGAUUGGAAUCUUUAAAAGAGGUCUAUGGACUCAUAUGGAUAUUUGUCCCUAUAUUUUCUCUUGUAUUGGGAAUCAUAACUGGUGUACUAGUAAUUGUGUGGUUAGAAAGAGAAAUAUCUGCAGGGAUACAACAACGUAUUGGACCUGAAUACGCCGGCCCGUUAGGAAUUCUUCAAGCUUUAGCCGACGGGACAAAACUACUUUUCAAAGAAGACCUUCGUCCAUCUAGAGGAAAUACUCCUUUAUUUAGUAUUGGACCAUCUAUAGCAGUUAUCUCUAUUUUACUAAGUUAUUCAGUAAUUCCCUUUAGCAAUCACCUUGUUUUAGCGGAUCUCAAUAUCGGUAUUUUUUUAUGGAUUGCCAUCUCAAGUGUUGCUCCGAUCGGACUUCUUAUGUCAGGAUAUGGAUCAAAUAAUAAAUAUUCUUUUUUAGGUGGUCUGCGAGCUGCUGCCCAAGCAAUUAGUUAUGAAAUACCAUUAACUCUAUGUGUUUUAUCA